AUGCCUAAACGAGGUAGACCACCCAAAAAUAAACCAUUAAAUAGCGCCGAUCCUAGCGGAAGGGGAUCAUCAUCACACCAUUCAUCUCAUUCAUCUGCAAAUGAAGAGGAUGACAAUCCAAAAAACGAACAAACAGAUUUAAAAUUAUAUUUACCUUCAGUUGACUUGGUCCCAAAACUAUUAGAAAAUGGAUAUAUAACAAAACUAUCAUCGAUGAGUACCAUCGAGUAUCACAGUGAUGAAGAUUCUAAUAUACCGAUGACAACAGAUGGGGCACCUAUUAAUAUAGAUCAAGAAGAUUUGGAGCAUGCAUGCAAAGAUGCUUUAUUGUUUAAAAAGUAUAUUAGGGAUUCAAAGAAUUUAAUAAAUAAACAAAUUGAAAAAUUAGAAAAAUAUGAGGAUAGGUUCCAAACACCUCCUACAUCACUAGAAUCAUCCCCAACACCCGCACCAAUAAAAGCAAUUGUACAAAGAAACAAAUAUAAACCAAAAGUUAGAAAGCAAACUACAAAAUCAAAUAUAACAUCAUCCAGAAUCAAUAUUGACAAUGAUUUUCAAGAUGUUGAAGGUAACAGUGUCAUAGAUGCACCAAAAAGUUCAGAAUAUGAAAGUGCAUCCGAGAUUCAAACUCAACAUAGUAUUACCGAUGACAACGAUGACAAUGAUGACAAUGAUGAAAAAGAUGAUGAAGAUGAUGAUAAUGAUGAUGAUGACGAUGAUAAUAAUACAUCCUCAGCAACACAACAACCACAGCAGCCACAAAAUAAAAUAAAUAAUAGUAGUAGUAGUAAUAAUAAUAGCAGUAACAAUUUGAACCCAACUCCUAAUAAAACAAUUGGUGGAAAAACAGCAUCAAAGGGUAAUGGUGGUAAAGUAAAUAAAAAUGUUAAUACCAAUAGACCUACAGGUAAAGUGAAUGAAAGUGAUGAGGAUGUAGAUAUUGUCGAAGUUGAUGAUCAUCAACCAGCAAAUGUAAAUAGACUAGGUACCGGUAAAAACCAUAGAAACAGCACUAUGGAUGUAGAUAUGUUUCAGGAUACAGAUGAGCAACCAAGUGAAACAGAGUCAGUUCAUUCGAAUAAAUCUCAUCAAACCAACAAUUCAAAAUCAACAUCAAAGAAUAGAAAAGGUGUUUCAAAGAAUAACAGUAAAAAGAAGGGCGAAGAUAAAAAGAGAAAAAAGCAAGAGGAGGAAGCCAGACAUCACUAUGUUGGACCAGGUGUUUUUUGGGCAUCAAUGGAGAGUUAUCUUAGACCAAUUAAAGAUUCAGAUAUCGAAUUUAUAACGCCAAGAUCGGAGGAGCAAGAUGCAAAGUUUUUUGAAAUUCCACAAUUGGGUACUCACUAUUCCGAGGCAUGGCAAUUAGAGGAUUUGGAAAGACUUCAACCCUCGGGUAGUGGUGGCAAACAUCGUCAAAAUAUAAGAAAUAAUAGAUCAGCUAUAGAUCAAACUCAGGAUGAUAUAUUUGGUAAUUCAUUACCAUCGCUAUCAUUUGGUGAUCCAAAAGAAUCAGAUCAGCUUUCAAUAUCAACCGACGAAAUUAUUUUAGGUGAUCUCUCGAUGAGAUUAUUAUCAACACUUAUUGAUGAAAGUAUGUUGAUAUCAACACCAUUGAAUCAAACACAGCAACAACAGCAACAGCAGCAACAACAACAAGGUUCAGGACCUGCAAUAAGAUUAAAUCAACAAAUAUUUACCUCAUAUACACCAAACAGCCAAUUGACCCUUGAGCAACGUAUUCAACAAGAGUUAAGAAGCUUAAAUUUAUAUGACGAUUAUAAACUACCAACCUCAGUUAACCAAUUAAUACCUACAAAAGAAAAAGAAAGAGAUAGAGAAGAUGACGAAAUUUGUGAGGAGUUAAGAAUUUUACAAAACUCACUUCGUGCUCAAUUGGCCAUCAACAAUGAUCUUAGAUUAAAGGCUCUCAAAGAAAUUAAAUCUAUUUUAGUAAAACAAGACAUUUUAAAGAGGAAAAUAUCAAGCCAUGCAGUUUCAGAAAAGAAUUAUCAAAAAUUAAUGAAAAGAGAUAAAAAAAAGAAAAAGUUAAAAAUCAUUUCUUAA